CCAGCGUUGGAGGCACCGCAAGGUGAAACUUCAAAUCUGGUAGACCCAUAUUCCACGCACCGUUAUCUAGUUGUUACGUCCGCAGUAUGCCUCGUAUUAUCUCUUUCGGCCAUCGCCGCGAGGAUCUUCACCAAAGUCCACAUACUCCGGAAGAUGCAGAUCGAAGACUAUUCACUCAUCUUCACCGCAGUCGGCUUUUCUGCGCUAACCGCAGUCAUGCUUGCUGCAGGACACGCCGGUCAAGGAAGACAUCAAUGGAAUGUUUCAAUCGCUGGUGUUCAACGGAUCGCGUUUUAUGGUGUCCAGCUAGCAAACAUCUUGGAGAUUGUGUAUCCGCCUACCAUGUUCGCCGCAAAGCUGGCAGUUCUGCUUCAGAUCAAGAGGAUAUUCACAGCCCAUCAGAAAGACUUCAUCUAUUGGUCUGUCCAAAUACUUAUUACAGCAAACUUUCUUACCUACCUCGCCUGCUUUUUGGCCUUCGUUUUUGCUUGCUGGCCAAGGGAUAAAAUCUGGAAUCCUCAUAUUCCUGGAAAAUGCAUCUCGACAAAUGCAUCGAUAAUCGCCACGUCCGCCAUUAAUGUCCUCUCGGAUAUCACUAUCCUUCCGCUUCCCAUACACGGCGUCAUGAUGCUGCAUAUUCCAUUGAAGAAAAAGAUCGGAGUAGGCGCGAUAUUCGCUACGGGUGCCUUUGCAUGCAUCUCCAGCAUAAUCCGCCUCGUUUAUAGCGUUAAUCUCACUCAUACCCACGAUAUAACUUGGGCAAUCGCUCCGGUGGGAAUGUGGGCGCUCGCGGAAUUCACGACCGUUAUUCUCGUCGCCUGCUUUCCCGUGUUCCCUCGACUGCUGCAAUUCUUCCGGAAG